AUGAAUGUCGUAACGUAUUUAGCUCUGAAACCAAAUGAAACCGGUUGUGUACUGGACGAUCAAUGCCGACGAGCUUGUGAGAGUACGGUAUGUGAGAAAACCAACAAAGGCUCAAGAUGUAUGUGCGAAAAAGGACGACAUUUUCUGUUCAACAAAUGCUGGAAGAAAUGUCCUGAAUUUGCGUUUCCGGAACCUGUUGUAGAUGAGCUUGGUUUCAGCAGGUGCACGCUAAGAACGGACCUAAAGACAGCUGCCAACUUCAUGCGCCGAUUCCGACGAGCGAUGAAGAACCACUUCUGCUGA